UGAGCGAAAAAUUCUUUCACAUCUGAAGAGGCGAGCGAGAAACUGUCAAGUCUGUGGGGGCUGUUGCUGAAAUAGUAGUGAAGAUGUAGCAAGCCGAAAACUGCAAGGAUGAAGUGCAUCUAUUGGCAUUUUCUCCAGUGAUUUACUCGACUCCAUUGAAAAAUGGCAGUACUGUUGUUAGUGCUGUUAUGGUUGACAACACUUUCUGCUGGGACUGACAUUUCUUACCUGGAUAGAAGCUUGCUUGAAAAGGAUAUCGCUGCUGUGUUCAACAAAGUGUCGUAUGGUGGCAUCACAACGACUAAAAGAAGCAUUUCUUCAAAACACUUCCCUCCUUCUGGCUCACCAACUACUGUUGCUCCACCAUUUUCUAGAAUUUCUCUACCUACUGCAGCAACCAAGUCUUCCACUCCACCUUCUCCUCAAUUUGUUCAUUCUACACAGGAUACUACCCAGUCCAAUUCUCCUCUGCGAUCAAUUGCCCGGCACAAUACUACUCUUUCUCCACUAAUGGCUCCUAAAACUAUUUCCCACCUCCACACUACAGCUGUUCCUCGUGAGGUGCCUUCAUACAUUCCUCCACAGCGUUCAUUUUUUACCCCACCUUUACCACCAGAAUACAUCAAUCCAUUUGCUGAUAAACCCACUCUACGUGGCAGCUACUCAGAUUCAGGCAGCUCGAAUGCAGGACGUCGACCAGUUCCUCCUCAACCUCCACCACCUGGGCCUCAGCCAGGAAGGCGUAUUCCUUUGCGACCUCCUGAUCUGGUGACAAACAUUGACAAGGAAUCUCAUGG